UAACUCGUAUGAAUCAUGCAAAAUGAAAACAGCAUGCUUCUGUAUUUUCUUUAAGUUUACGCUACUGUAUUAGUUUUAUUGACCGGGAGUCAUGGGCGCAGUUUUUUUUUUUUUACUUUUUCUUUUAAUGUGUACGUCAUCUGAGCUCAUUGCAUAGAUUUAGCUACAGUUUCUGAUUUCUUUAGUCGUGUUAAGAAAUGUGUCUCAUAUCUUAGACGUGUUUCCUUAAUUAUUUCGGCCUAUGUUACCAUGUGGCACCGGGAAGAAGGCGGCUCUCUUGUUAUUGUUAUUGCAGACGGGUGCAAGUUUGCUUCCUUGUAAUGCAAGGACUACAGACUAUGGGAUGCCAGGCACUUUGCCAGAAAUAUUUUUUUUUUAAAUAAUGACCCCCACCAAAACGAAUGACAACUUUUAAUGAAAACACUUUAUUUAGUUUUUACCUCGGGCAAAUCAAGAUUUUGUGGAUGAAAGGACUAUAUAGAUGUACAAUAACAUUUUGUUACAAGCCACUCUUGAUCUUUGCAUUACCGUGCGCGGCCACAACCACUCUUUUGCUGCGGAGAAUUUGCAGAUAUGUGCUAAAUGGGUGCGGGACAUCAGAGAGCGGCCGCCAGAGACCGGGAAGUUGUGCAGAACUGCACCGAUUUGUAGGAAUCUGCACUAGCAUUGUGCCGAAUGCUUUGAAGAAGGCACCUCGGAUAUAGCGUUUUAUGUUUUUUAAUACUGUGAUUUUUUUAUGUUUAGUGUUUAAGUACAGCGUUAAUUUGAAUUGGAAGUUACAUUCAUGACAAGAUAAUUUAUUAAAAGUUCAAAAACAAGAAAAAUCCACUGUCUCUCAGGGAUUUUAUCAUAAACGUGCGAAAGUACCCUGUCCAAGUAAAGGUAACCAGGGAGCUUAACCAUGUCUGAGGAGCCUGGCCCCAGUGACACCCAGCCUCAGUCCCAGUCUCAAUCCCAGUCCCAGUCUCAAUCCCAGUCCCAGUCCCAGAGCAGCUCCAGUUCUUCGUCGGCGCCUCAGUCUUCCAGCCAGUCGUCCUCGUCUUCGGGCUCAGGCACGCUGAGCUCCGUCGACACCAUCCCUGUGCGGGACCUCUCGUCCAUUCCUGAGGAGGCCGAAGACCCGGAGGAGCCCCCCCCACAGCCCUGGGGCCGCCUGCUGCCCAUGGAGAAGGGCUUCGCAAUGCACAACUGCAUAAAGGAUGAAUACUGGUUUGGGAGAGACAGACGAUGUGACUACAGUUUUAAUAAUGCCUUAAUCAGAAAGUCAGAAAAGUACGCAAGUUACAGUAAGAAGCACUUCAGGAUAUUCAGGGAAAGCGGAAUUCCGUAUAUUGAAGACCACAGUGGGAAUGGGACCUAUCUUGACGGACAGUAUAUGGGACAGGGCAAAAAGUUACCACUGGCAAAUAAUGCUGAACUGGCGCUUUCUGUCCCCCAGAACAAAGUUUUUGUGUUUAUUGACCUCACCGUUGAUGAACAGUCAAACCUCCCAAAGGAAUUCAAGGACAAAUACUUGAUAUCAAGAAAAAUUGGAUCAGGAGUUUGUGGAGAAGUUAAGCUGGCAUUUGAACGGUCUACAUGCAAGAAGGUGGCAGUGAAGACUAUAAAUAAGAAGGAUUUUUCAUCCACUGACAGGACAAACCCUUCAGCCGAAAGAGAAAUUGAGAUUUUGAAGAAAGUAGACCAUCCUUGUUUGAUAAAGACUGUUGACUUCUUCCAGACUGAAGAGACGUAUUACAUUGUCUUAGAACUGAUGGAAGGUGGGGAGCUAUUUGACAGAGUCCGUAGCAGGUCAGGGCUAAAAGAAUCAACUGCAAAGCUGUAUUUCUAUCAGAUGCUUCUAGCAGUAGAGUACCUCCAUAACAAUGGCAUAAUCCAUAGAGAUCUCAAACCAGAAAAUGUGCUGCUUUCAUCCAAUUCUGACGUGUGUCUCAUAAAGAUCACAGAUUUCAACCAGUCGAAAAUUUUAGAGGAGGCGUCCCUGAUGAAGACCUUGUGUGGCACACCUACCUACCUUGCCCCUGAAGUUUUCACCCAUGCAGAGACAGUGGGCUACAGCCGGGCUGUGGACUGCUGGAGUCUGGGAGUCCUGUUGUUUGUUUGCUUGAGUGGGUACCCACCAUUCCAUACUCAUCAGGGAAUCAACUUAAGUAUCAAGGAACAAAUCACCCAGGGGUUAUACAGCUUCCUCCCAUCUAUCUGGAAUAAGAUUUCAGAACAAGCCAAGGAUCUUGUGAAGAAGCUACUUGUUGUAGACCCAGAGAAAAGACUCUCAGUCCAACAAGCACUGCAACAUCCUUGGCUCCAGGAUGAAGAUAUGAGGGCAACGGCAAAGAAAUUAAUGUAUCCAGAAAGUGUAACUGGCGAGGAUCAGCCAUCUUCCAGUAGAAAGCGACCACUGCAGGAAAAUGUGGAUGAACAACCGAGCAAAAGAAUGUCAAGUGGACCAUCCACUUAAAACCAGACGGCGUGAGUUAUUUUACACAGUGCACAUUUUAAAGACUUUCACAGACGGCUGGUUCGCAAUCCUUUCUAUUGUUAUUUAAAAGUUCCUCUGCACCGUUGUGUGGAAACACAUUUUAGACUGUGAUCGUACUGUCUGAAGAACAAUCUUGUGUUCAAUAAACUUUGAACACUUUCAGGGAAAGAAAAACACCCGUUUUCUUCAGAAACUUUGUGUGGUAUUAACUUUACAGAAGGAUGACGAUUUCAAAUGGUCCAAGUUCCUUGGAUGCUUUCCUCCUUAUUAAAACUGAAUCAGGUUUUCUGACUUUUUUACUUGAUUUAAAUUUUCUUUAAAGAAUGACAGGCUUAAUUUGAUUUUUUUAAUGUUGACUCUUUUUUGUGACAGCAGUGUAUUCAGGACGUUCAUAUACAUGUCUUUGUAAAGAAUGACGCCAAGACACCAACACGUUUAAUUUGAUAAAUUAUUAGCUUUGUAAAAAAAACUCUUUAUUUUUUAAGAAAACAUUUUUAUAGCUUUUUUAUGCAGGACAUGUGACAUAGGUGUAUCUGAUUAUCCUGUACUGUUUUAUUUUUGUUUUCCCUGUUUUACUUGGUUUUUGUUAAAGUGACAGCUUUCUAAUAAAAAGCAACUGUAAAAAGCU